CAUGUUUAUAUUUUCUUGCACAGUUUGUCAGCAAAAUACCCAACAUUAAUGACUUAAAUGUUAUUUUAAAAAUUUACUGCAGUUAAAUAAUAAAAAAAAAAUGGUGAUUUGUGCAGUGCCUAAUUGUUUCGAAAGAACGGGAAAAAGGGGAAAGAAAUGGAGAGAGAACCGCCAUGGAAAGGUAACCUUUCACAGGAUACCAGAACGAAAGAAAGAACUCCGGGCGAAAAGUUCAGGGCUGAACGUGAAAUCUAUGAACAAGUACUCUAGAAUAUGUUCAUGUCAUUUUUAUCCAGAAAUGUUUGAUAGGACAGGCAGUACAGUAAGGCUGAGAGAAAAUACUGUGCCUCAAAUUCACACUAUUUAUACUCAGACGCCAUCUCCUCUGAAUUUCUUAAUUCUUGAUUUGAAUAAUUCCGCCAAAUCAUUUGAAUUGCAACAAGUAUAUUCUGAAAAUAAUGUUGAACCAUGUAGCUCACACAAAAAUCAGGAUUUUCCAAUGUAGGAGGAGAGUGGACAAAAUUUUGUACAGCACGGCAUAGAAAAGUCUUGUUUAAAUAAUACUGAAGUUUGCACCUUGCAUGAGAAUGGAAACGUGUCGGAGGAGGCAGAAAGAGAAAGUGUUUUACACGUACAAGGUGCAUUUAAUCC